GUUCCGCCUGAACAGGGGCCACUGGCUCCAUCUUCCAACAUACAAGAUGGAACCUCGUCACGGGAUAAUGAAAGCUUUCCCCAAAGUUAAAAGAGCUAGAGUGCUGCAGGGAAAGGAUGACCCCCCUUUUAAGAAGAAACCUUUUGAAUGUGAUACCACAGGAAACACUUUUAAAGGUGUCACAGUGUACAUCCUCCCUGCCGGAAUAGGAAAUGCCAGAUGUCAGAUAUUCCAAAGACAAAUUCAGCAGAAUGGAGGACAGACAGCGAGUUCACUGUGUCCCAAUGUCACUCAUGUUGUUGUGGAUGACAACAUGGACAGUGGCAGGGCUCUGCGCUUACUGAAGGUGGACUGCAUGCCCUCUGGAGUCCAACUGGUGAAAUGCACUUGGCUGAGCUUGUGCAUCAGUGAGAAACAAUUGCUGGAUGUAGCCAACUACAGCCUCCUUUUACCCAAGAGGGACUCUGAAACACAACAUGAAAAUGUUAAAGAAGACUUGCCGAAUUAUAAACCUGCUGCAGAAUCUAUUGUAGAGCCAGUCUCUGAUCAAAUGAAGCAAGAGGAGACCAUAGACAUGAUUUCUCACUCGCGGACAGCUCCAGAAAACAAAAAGGAAGUGCGAGGAGAAGAAGACAACGUCUCUCAAAGUGACCUGGAAGCUCUCAUCACUGGCCAGCACCCAAAGGAGGAGACUCCUGGCCUCAGCCUCGACCCCGGUCCAAACUCUGCUGCUCAGAAGCCGAUCUCAGGGAAGUGGGUCUGCGCCCAGUCUUCUCAGUCCAAAACUAAUAACUUCAACAAGCACAUCACAGACAAACUAGAAGUUUUGGCCAAGGCCUACACACACCAGGGGGACAAGUGGAGGGCACUGGGCUACUCCAAAGCUGUCAACGCAUUGAAGAGCUACCACAAGCCUGUUACAUCAUAUCAGGAGGCUUGUCUGAUCCCAGGAAUUGGCAAACGCAUGGCUGACAAAAUUGAUGAAAUCAUGGAAAGUGGUCACCUGCGGAAGAUAGAUCAUAUUGGAGACGCUGUGCCAGUACUUGAGCUUUUUACUAACAUCUGGGGUGCAGGAGCUAAAACUGCGCAGCUGUGGUAUCAACAGGGAUUUCGCACUUUGGAGGACAUCCGCACGAAAGCCCACCUGAGCAACACUCAGAAAAUAGGACUCAAGCACUACGACGACUUUCUAGACAGAAUGCCCCGAGAAGAAGCAGCAGCUAUCGAGAAAGUGGUGAGGGACGCUGCCCUGGCUAUAGACACGGGCCUGGUUGCAAUGGCAUGUGGCUCCUACCGGAGGGGAAAAGCCACAUGUGGAGAUGUUGAUGUACUUAUAUCUCACCCUGAUGGAAAGUCCCACAAGGGCCUUUUCAGCAAAGUGUUGCAGAGCCUCCAUGACAGUGGGUUUUUGACAGAUGACCUGGUGAGCCAUGAGGAGAAUGGAGAUCAGAAGAAAUACAUGGGUGUGUGCUGUUUGCCAGGACCAGGCCACCGCCAUCGCAGGCUGGACGUCAUCGUGGUGCCUUACAACGAGUAUGCCUGUGCCCUCAUGUAUUUCACCGGGUCGGCGCACUUCAACCGCUCAUUGAGAGCCUUGGCAAAGACAAAGUGCAUGAGUUUAUCUGAGCACUCGCUUAACAAAGGUGUGGUGCGUCAAGGUAGCUUGAAGGUGUAUAAUGGCACUCCACUUCCUACACCUACAGAGAAGGAGGUUUUUAGUCUUUUAGGCAUACCAUACAGGGAUCCCCUUGAAAGGGACUGGUGAUAAUUUGCCAAUCACCAUCACAAUGUAUUUAUUGGUUUAAUAAAAAAAUAAUCAUGAAAUUAAUGAAUGAUGACAAUGGAAACUGCAAAAAUGUCCAAACAGCCAUCUUUAAAGCUACUCUUACCUUUCUUGCAUUUCACACAGCACUUUGAAAAAACUUGAACAGCAACAACCCCUCCUCACUCUUAUGUCCCACCCCCGCACUCCCUUCCCCUCUGCAAACGUGCACUAUAUAUAUAUAUAUAUAAUUUUCUUUUUCCCCGUGGGAGUGGCUGGAGGUGGAAGCCGUGGCCCGCUUUUGUCGGUCAUUGUCAGUCGCUACUGGUUGUUUACGACUGUCUCCGUGGAUCAUGGAUGUAUUAUAUUGCCAUGGAUCCACAACAGACUCUCUUCCGGGUAGGGGUGCGCGCGAUUACGUAAUGCAGAAGGGGAAAACAGGCAGGUCGCUCAGCCAAUCAUAUCAUUCGGACUGAAUGAUAUGAUUGGUCAGAGUUUUCACAGAAUAUUAUGAGAAUGGAAUAAUAAUUAGUUUCUAUGCCUGGUGGAUCUCUCUAACAUUUUAGAGUGCCAUUACCUUAUUAAUAGCAUUUUAACCUAAACAAAAAAAUGUGUAAAAAUGUAACAAAGGUAAGGGUAGCUUUAAGGAUGUUUUACAGCUCGACACACCUGUUUGACUUGAAUGUUAUUUUUACUGCACAGAUUAAAUAAGGGGGUUCUCCCAAAU